AUGAAAGGUACAUACUUAGUGGCCAUUUUAGUGGUCACAUUGGGUAUUGCCCUUAAUGGAUCACUAGCUGAUAUUCCAACAGAAUGUCCUGAGACCAAUCCACAAAAUGAGACAGUUUUUAUACCCCAUGAAAGUGACUGUACAAAAUUCUACAGUUGUCACAUGGGAGUGAAAGGAAAGCCAUUAGAUUGCCCUUUCAUGGAUGAGAAUGGUAAUAAAUUGCAUUUCAAUCCUGAACUUCAAGUAUGCGAUUGGCCCUGGAGUGCAGGAUGUCGGACAUCGUCGAAUUCGACAACUUCAUCAAGUAUUCCGACAACAAUAAUUACACCAAAUACUACGAUUUCUCCGACGCCGACGACACCAAGUUCUCCAACGCCUAUAAUAACGACAUCGAGUACUUCAACAUCGACAACUCCGACAUCGACGACUCUGACACCGAGUUCUCCAACACCAACGACUCCAACACCAAGUACGCCAACGUCGACAACCUCGACACCGAGUUCUCCAACGCCAACGACUCCAACACCAAGUACGCCAACGCCGACGACCCCAACACCGAGUUCUUCGACGCCGACAACGCCGACAACUUCGACACCGAGUUCUCCAACGCCAACGACUCCGACACCAAGUACUCCAAUGCCGACACCAAGCUCUCCAAUACUGACAACUUCGACACCGAGUUCUCCGACGCCGACAACGUCGACAACGUCGACGACCUCGAUACCGAGCUCUCCAACACCGACGACUCCGACACCGAGUUCUUCAACGCCAACGACUCCGACACCGAGUUCUGCAACGCCGACAACUUCAACACCGAGUUCUCCAACGCCAACGACCCCGAGUUUUCCGACACCUCCAUUAGAUUCUUGUAUAUCUGACAAUAGAACACACAUGCUUCCCCAUGAAACUAUGUGCGAUCAUUACUAUUUGUGUUUCAAUGGCUGGGUAAGUCCCAUCUCUCAGAAAUGCAACCGUAAUUUAUUAUUUAAUUCAUUGCUUCGUGUAUGUGAUUAUCCGGAAAAUGUAAAUUGUAAAAACUCUCCGCCAAAUACAGAUAAGUCAAAUCCAUCAUCGAUUUCGCCGCCGUUUAAUUACUCAUUGCCGACAAACUCAGAUCCUGCUUGGGUUUGCGAACCAAAUGGCAAGUACAAAAUUCCUCAUGAAAUUAUGUGCAAUUACUAUUAUUGGUGUGUCAACGGCAUAAGAGGUACGAAUUGGGUAAGAUGCGAGAGCAAUUUAUUAUUCAAUCCAGUGAUCGGUGAAUGUGAUUAUUUGGAAAACGUAAACUGUGGACACAGAAGUACUUCGUCACCUACAGUUCCUUGUCCAACCUCAACUCCAACGACUACGAUUUCAACGACUACAACACCUACAACUCCAAUGACUACAACUUCAACAACUACGGCUUCAACGACUACGAUAGCUACGACUAUAACGACUACAACUCCAAUAACUCCGACUAGAACGACUCCAACAAAAGCGACUACAAAAGAAAUAACGAUUACAACCCCAACAAUUACAACAGAAACUACAACAAAAAAUCCCAAUGAACCCCGUGAGAAAUGUCCUCCAAAGGGAUCAACGGAAGAAGCGCGGAUUGCUCAUCCAUGUCUAUGCAAUCGAUAUUACGACUGCAUAGACGGUGAAAAGAUAUUACAAACAUGUCCGAUCGGUAAGCAUUUUGAUUAUCUGAGAGAGAUUUGCGAUUGGACUUCAAUAGUAAAAUGUAUUCGACCGAUUCCAACCUUUAACAUUUUAACCUCCGACAUUGAUGACUAUAAUACUACAUGCGCUCCAGAAGGCAGAGCAUUUCAGCAUGACACCGAUUGUUCUGCUUAUUAUUUAUGCUCCAACGGUGAGAAAAUUUUAAGACAGUGUAUGGAGGGACUUCAUUUCAAUAUGACCAUCCAAACAUGCGACUAUCCGCAAAAGAGUUGCGAUCUGAACAGAUCCUUGCCAAGAAUCAAUUCGGAUAUUUGCCCUCCAGAUUCCGUACAGGAAGUAUUUUUACCUCACGAAUGUGAAUGCACGCAAUAUUAUGAAUGCAUCGAUGGAAAGAAAUUUCUUCGAUUUUGUCCAAAUCGUCUACAUUUUGAUCCUGUUUGGCAAAUUUGUAACGAUCCAAUUGAGGCCAAAUGUGUUGCUGAUACAAUUUCGACAACGUCUACUUCAAUAUAUACAACAUCAUCAACUACGGAAGCUAUCAAUGAACCUCGCACAACGUGUCCUCCUAAGGGAUCAACUGAAAAAGUACGACUUCCUCAUCCAUGUCUAUGCAAUCAGUAUUACGAGUGCGUGGAAGGCGACAAGGUAUUACGAACAUGUCCAAUCGACACGUACUUUAAUGACGCAACAGAUGUUUGCGAUUGGAGCACCGAAGUGAAAUGUAUCUCACAAUUUCCAUCUCACGAAAUUCAAAUUAAGAGUUACGAUAUUAACAAUAAAUGUUCUCCAAACGGCAGAGCGUUCAAUCAUGAAGAUAGUUGCACUGAGUAUUAUUUAUGCUCUGAAGGUGAAAAAGUUUUACAAUAUUGCUUAGAAGGACUUCAUUUCAACGUUACUAUACAGAUGUGCGAUUAUCCGCAAAAGAAAUGUAAUCUAAAUACGUCUGGGCCACAACCUAUACCGACAGUCGCCUUAAAUAUUUGUCCUCUCGAUUCCAUACAACAAAUACUGUUGCCUCACGAGUGUAAUUGCACGCAAUAUUAUGAGUGCAUUGACGGAAAACAGAUUCUUCGAGAUUGUUCGGAUGGUCUACAUUAUGAUUACGUUCGUCAGAUUUGCAAUGUGCCGAUUGAAGCUAAAUGUAAUGAUUUCACAACAACGAUUCCUCAAAGCUCAUUUCCUACCAUCCCUGAUUCAAGUAAAUGUUACGACGAAAAUAAUGAAAUACCUCAUGAAAAUGACUGCAGGUUUUACUACAAAUGCAACAACGGUGAGAAGAUCUUGAAAACAUGUCCUAGAAACUUAUACUUUAAUCCAAAGCUUCGAGUAUGCGAUUAUCCGGAGAACGUCGCCUGCAACGUUGAAGGAAACAUACCCAGUACAUCAACACCAACCAAGUGCAAAACAAUAACAGAAACCACCAAUAUUCCUCAUGAGACCGACUGUAAUUUGUAUUAUGUCUGCGAGAAUGGCGUUAGCAUACUUAAAAAAUGUUCUCCAAAUCUCGUUUUUAAUCCUAUUCUGAAAGUUUGCGAUUUCCCAGAGAAUUAUGUCUGCAAAAUAACACAUGACAAAAACAAUAUUAAAAAGAUUGAUAAAAUAGUUCAAAAUCUCGAUCCAAUUACUUGUAUUGGUACUUGUCCGGAAGAAGACCCUGAUUAUGCAGUGCUACUCCCGAACGAUGAUUGCAAGAAAUUCUGUAUGUGUAGCGGUGGCGUAGCAUGGGUUCAACCGUGUCCUGAGCCACUCUAUUUUGAUUCUGUUGAAAAGAUUUGUAAGAAAAAGAAGGAUGCCGUUUGUGGGAUACGCUUAUAUAAUCAAGAUAGGUUUAUCAAGACUGAUAAAAUGGAUAAUGACGAUUCGUUGCAAUCUCUAACCGAUAAAAACGACGACGACGAACGUGAAAUAUAUGACAGAUCUCUCGAUCCAUCUUCUUGUAUCGGUACUUGUCUUGAAGAAGACCCUGAGCAUGCAGUGCUACUUUCAAACAACGACUGCAAAAAAUUUUGUUUAUGUAGCAACGGCACAACAUAUGUCCAGCAAUGUCCUGAAUUACUUUAUUUUGAUUCUAUAGAUAAGACCUGUAAACGAAAGAAGGAUGCUGUUUGUGCGGUACGCUCAUUGAUGGUCGACAAGAUAUUUGACGACGAUUCGGUAUCUCUGAGCAAAAAGGACUAUAACGAACGUGAAUUAUACGACAACCCUUGGUAUAAGCGGCGUUUCUAUAAUGUUGAUCCGUCUACAUGCAUCGGCAUUUGUCCUGAAGAAGAUACCGGCUAUGAAGAGUUACUUCCGCAUAAGGACUGCAGGAAGUUCUGUAUAUGCCGUAAGGGUUUAACAUACGUUCAACUAUGCCCUGAGUCACUUUACUUUCAUUCUGUAGAAAAGGUCUGCAGACAAAGAAGGCAUGCCGUUUGCGCAAUAAAUUCAUUCAAACGAUAUCAUGCAAUUACGAUUAACAGAGAGGAUGACGAGGACGAUGACGAAGACAAUUCGAUGGAAUUCCUGAGAGAGAAUAAUAAACGUAGAAGACAUAACUAUUUGUGGCCAUACUUCCAUAAUUUCAAUCCGACUACUUGCAUCGCAAUGGUUUCAUGUGGAUCCAAUCGUGCCCUGAGUCUCUUUACUUCGAUUCAAUACAUAAAAGAUGUAAACAGAAGGAAGAAGUUGUUUGCGCAGUACGUACGUUUAACCGAAAAAGAGUUGUUGUGA